AUGUUCUUGCGUGGCUCUGAAUCCGAGCAAACCCGCGAGCUACAUCAGCCGGAUUCCGAGCUUGAUGUGUUCUUCGACCUGAUCUUGCACACCAUGAUAAUAAGAGAGAUAACUAAGGAUCCUAAGACUCGCAAAACAUUCCGUGUCACUUACCUGAAGAUUGAUGCGCAGAGCGUCCACUUCGUCAACAUGCAUGGCCUUGCCGACAAUUCGCUCUUGCUAUCUCUACGGGUGAGAGAGUCGCUCUGCGCCGUCAAAGGACACAAGAUGCAGAUGAGGGUGAAGCAUUUCGGAUUCAGGCCGAUGGAAGACAGCAAGCUGUACACUGACGUGUACUGCUGCGACUGGUCUGAGCAGAAUAUCGAAAUCCUCCUGCCAGGUAAACGGAUUCAUGAGUGGAAAACGGUGGCCCUCAUUCUCGCAACCUUCCACAGGAUUUCGAAAGAGCAGUGGUGCCUCCUGGUAAACAUGGCCGGCGCUCCAGGAAUAGCAGGCUUGAACUGGAAAGUCAUUGAAAGCGAAUUGUGGCCUGAGAAGUCCGAACUAAACGAAAUCGAGGCAGCUGAAGCAAAACCGGUGGACACGGUCGUCUCCUGA